AUGGUAAAGGAUACUGAGUACUACGACCUGCUGGAUAUUCAGCCAAAUGCGUCCGCUACAGAGAUUAAAAAGGCAUAUCGCAAAAAGGCGAUGCUGACACACCCUGACAAGCACCCUGAUGAUCCAGAAGCACACACCAAGUUUCAGGCGGUCGGACAGGCUUACCAGGUGCUCAGUGAUCCUGAACUGCGUUCAAGAUACGACCAGUUUGGCAAGGAAGAGGCGGUUCCACAGCAAGGUUUCGAGGACGCUGCGGAGUUUUUCACCACGAUAUUUGGUGGGGAUGCCUUCCAAGACUGGAUCGGUGAUUUUUCAUUCCUCAAAAAUCUCACGAAAGGAGCAGAAAUCAUGGGCGAGAAUGACGAGCAGGAUGUUGGAACUUCAGGGACUACCGGAGCGGGAAAUUCCAAGGCCGAUGGGACCACGGAAGUUGUUCAGCACGAUGGGAAAUCCAAUAAUUCUAAGAACUCCGAUAAGCUAACCAAGGAACAACGGGCGAAGCUGGUUGAGAUGGAAAACGAGCGAAGAGCCGAAAAGAAGAAACAGGUUGAGGAUCUGGCUCGCAAACUGGAGAACAAGAUUGAGGAAUAUCUCGUGAGCGUCGAGAGUCAUAACUUGGACGCGUUCGACCGCAAGUUGAGCCGCGAAGUUGAAGACCUGAAACUAGAGAGUUUUGGGCUCGAACUACUACACCUCAUAGCCAAGGUCUACAAGACUAAGGCCAGCAAUUUCAUGAUGUCCCAAAAAACCCAUGGGUUUAGUAAGCUGUUCACAGGUGUUCGCGACAAAACAAAAUCAGCCAAAUCUGCUUGGGGCAUUCUGUCGUCCGCUAUGGACGCUCACAGUGCAAUGACAGAACUGGAAAAGCUGGAUCUUGACUCGAUGGACGAUUACGAGCGUGCUGAAGUUGAAAAGGUUAUCACAGGUAAAGUUUUGGGCACAGCAUGGGUAAUGUCGAAAUUUGAAGCACAGGGCAAACUACGCGAAGUCUGCGACAAAGUUUUGACGGACAAAACUGUGCCUACCAAGAAACGGCUGGCCAAGGCUAAGGCCUUGAUUUAUAUAGCCGACAAAUUUGGCUCGGCUGUUAGAUCCCCCGACGAGGCCGAAGAUGCCAGAGUCUUCGAAGAGAUUAUAUUUGAUGCUCAGGGAAGUAAGAAAAAGACAAACUUCAAAAAGAAAGAGCCCACCGUAAAGGCCUAA